GUAGUUGGAGCGUUCCUGGCGCAGCACCCCAUCAGACAGAGACACACACGUGAGAAGCAUGAGCUUGGAGUACCUCCUUGAUGUAGCUAUUCAGAUCGAGCAUCCCAACUUCCCUCAAGACUACAUGGAUGAGGAUGCCGAGGCUCUCACCCAGUCGCUAUCGAGCCCCACGGACAGUACGGACUCGGACCUACGUCGUCGUCGAACCCUCGCGACGCCGUCCGACGACGACAACGACGUACCCGUUAAAGUCGAGUACACAGAAAACACCAGCAUGCUCAAGCCAACUUUCAAGUACCGCAAGGCGGAGGCCGCCCGACGACGUCGUUUGGCCAUUGACCGCCGCAACGAGCGACGCCAGAUCGUCCCACGAUCCACCACUGACGAAGGCGUCACCUGCAGCAUGGACCGCAACAAGACGAAGAAUCGCAUCUCCGCCGCGUCGUACCGCGAGAAUCGAGACAAACGGGUGUCGUUCAUCUUGAAUGAACUCACCCAACUGCAGAACGAGUUCCCGCACCUGCAGAGCAAGCCAUGGACGCCCGUGAAGAAACCCAAGAGCGCGCUGCGGGAAGGCGAGUCGAAAGACGAGUACCGCAAGCGCACGAACCGAGAGUCUGCCGCGGACUCGCGAUUCCACCAGCAGCAAAAGCUCCAGCACCUGACGCGAGAACUCGCGCGACUGCGGCAGUUGGCCCAACACCAUCGUAGCCACAUCGAACGAAAAUGAUCAUAAUACCACGUUAUUUAACAACCAAAACUAGCAACUACUAAUCGUCGGAUCCACAUCCGAGAGUUGCUUGUCUUAAGGCUGGAGUACUGCAAACAACCCAACGACGGGACCAGCCCGCCAUAUACUGUAGGUUCAGGUAGAGAUGGAUGUAUACAUCACAGAACAGGAUGGGCCACUCAACAUUGGUCAAAUGAUCGCAAAGCCAUGAUGGCAACACCGUCGGACGAUGCUCAAUGUCAGCAACACCCUCGCACUUGACUUGUGGCAUACUAGAUUGCAUCGUCAACAACUCUGUGAAACGUCAAUAGUUGCUGUUGGAUUGCCACGAAAGGGAAAUGUCUGGUUAUCUACCAAGCGAUUGCUGUCGCGAGCGUCGAGCAUGCACACACACGAGGGCCGACCAUUAGACGCACAAGUGUGGUGUUCGCGUGGAUGCCAAUGGAGCGAGCGAAUGGUGCCGCCAUAUGCAGCCACUGCGGCGAUGGAUGUGUCACCCUUCAUGCGUCCAUGCCUGAUGGAUCGCUC